CAAGCAGCGAGGGAAGGUUGGUAGUUGACUGGUCCAGUGAUGGAUUCACUUAAGACACGUGACGCAAUUACUUCUGCUUGCUAAUAGGUUUAGCGGUAGAGCAGUGUCCAGGCAAGAUGGGUACAGAACUCGACGAUACGUUUCGAAUUCUUGUAGCCACCGACAACCACCUUGGCUAUGCUGAGAAAGAUCCAGAACGGUGUAAUGACAGCUUUGAAACUUUUGAGGAAAUUUUGGAGAUGGCCGUCGAGCAGGAGGUGGACAUGAUUUUAUUAGGGGGUGAUCUCUUCCACGAAAACAAGCCAUCGCGUCAAUGCAUGGUGCGUUGUAUGGACCUGAUCAGGAAGUACACAUUUGGUGAUAGGCCUGUUCUGUUUGACUUCCUGAGUGAUCCAGUGGAAAAUUUCAAGCAUUCUAAGAAUCCAGUUGUUAAUUAUCUGGACCCUAACCUAAAUGUUGCCAUCCCGAUAUUUUCAAUUCAUGGAAACCAUGAUGACCCAUCAGGUCUUGGUCAGUUCUGUGCUCUGGAAAUGCUUUCAGUUGCAGGAUUGAUAAAUUACUUUGGCCGAACAACCGAUUUGAAGAAUAUUAAUAUCUCUCCAAUACUCUUGGAAAAGGGACGUACUAAGCUAGCCAUUUAUGGCCUUUCCUCUGUUAAAGAUGAAAGACUUUUUAGACUAUUCAGAGAAAAUAAGGUCAAAAUGCUUCGUCCCAAAGAAUCCAUGGAGAGUUGGUUUAACAUCAUGGUUUUGCAUCAAAACCAUGCCAAACAUGGUCCGACAAAUUAUAUACCAGAAAGUUUCUUGGAUCCCUUCCUUGAUCUAGUCAUUUGGGGUCAUGAGCAUGAAUGCCUUAUUGAACCUCGACUGUCUGCUCCAGACUCCUUCCAUGUCAUCCAGCCAGGCAGCUCAGUGGUUACAUCUCUGUGUGCUGGUGAGGCUGUGGAGAAGAAAGUGGUACUGUUGGAGGUGAACCAUCAGCAGCAGUUCAAGACUACAGCUCUGGAUCUAAAAACUAUCAGACCUUUUGUAUUUGAUGAUGUGUGUUUGGCUGACCAUGACAUGGAUAUUGUGCUUACAAAGAAUAUAACUAAUCCUGUGGAAGAUUUUAUAGAAAAAUACAUCAAUAAAAUGAUAAACAAAGCCAAGAAACUUCUCACAGAUCAUCCACGGCAGCCCAAGAAGCCUCUCAUUCGCCUCAGGGUUGAAUAUACAGAUGAAUCCCAGAUGUUCAACGUGUGUCGCUUUGGCCAUAAGUUCGAGGAUACAGUGGCUAAUUCCAGUGAUAUGAUAUUGUUCAGAAGAAUGAAGAAAGAGGCAAAGAAGGGAGAGAUGGGUGUGGACAAGGAUGCUAUGGAUGCCGUGUUUAAUGAAGACGUGUCGGAGACUCAUGUGGAGGAUCUUGUAGAGCAGUACUUUGCAUCCCUUGAGGAGCAACACCAACAGCUGUAUCUACUGACUGAACGAGGUCUGGCAGGUGCUGUGCGCUCAUUUGUAGAGAAAGAUGACAAGGAUGCCAUCAAGACAAUCUUUCAACAUCAAGUGGAAAAAACACAAAAGCAUAUCUUAUCUCUGGAAAAAGACUUUAAUGAAGAGGAUGUUGUGGAAGACAUAAUUGCAUAUCGGCUGGAGAGAAUGACCCGUGAUCCACAUCUGGAAGAGGAGGAGGCUCUUGCUGCUCUUAAUAAUCCAACAAGAGUAAAAGCAAAAGUUAGUGAAAAUGAUGAUAAUGAUGAUGAUCAAAUGAGUGAUUUUGAUAUGAAUGAUGAUGAUGAUGAUAGACCUACUCCUGCAAAAGGGCGAGGUUCACGAGGCGGGCAAGUUAGAGGCCGAGCUGCAAGCAGAGCCAGAGGCAGCCGAGGAGCUGCCCGCACCUCUGCUAAUACCAGCAGUGCUUCCUCUAGCAGGACACAGCUCUCGUUAUCCGGUGAUGGAUCUCCAAAAUUGUCGGCCGCAGCAAGUAAAGGAAGAGGAAGUCGGGGUAGGGGACGAGCCACGUCAAAAAAUCAAAGUACAAUGGAUUCCUUCUACCGACCUAGUCAGCAGGUUGCACCACCUCGAGGUGCUCGCAAGGGUGCUGUGUUUGACAGUGACAGUGAUUAACUGAAGUGCACAGAUGAAAUAAAUAAAAUGUUGAUUGCAGCUGUUGUUCCAGCACUUGCCAAGAAGUUCAUAGCCAGGGACCAUUUGAGUUGAUUUUUGAAGUAUUUUAUGGGUAAUUCAGAGCCUAUGAUCAUUGUGAGUAGCUCUUGAAGUAUAUUUUGACAUGUGUGUGUGUGUGUUCACUGCUGGACACACACAUCUGUAUGUUUAGAAAUUAUUUAGUGUAUUAGUUAGGCAAAUAUUUGAUGCAAUUAUCUUGGAAUUUGUAAUUUAACUUCUGUUUGUUUGGUGUGAGUUUUCACAAUAAAUUUUCUUUUAAUUACACAGCCAACUUGGCUGAGAUUCUAAAAGCAAGUCUCCUCAGUUUUUUUUUUAAGUACACAGUACUGUAUAUUAUUUGUUCUCAUAGACUCUUAGUGGCUAUAAAUAUUAGCAAAUAUGACAUUGAAAUGCUUUUUUCAUUAUAAUUAAGACUUCACAAAUAUUUUAACCCAAUAAAGGAAACCCAUUAGAUUUAAAAUAUUCACUUCACUUUUUAAUUCGGUGCUUUAAUUGUCCUCCCUCUUCAUUUUAAUGUUGUUCAUCUCUGUGUGAUAUCUUUUAUAAUUUACUUUUAACUGGCUACUGUAGUGAUUGAUGAGAUGUACAUCAGCAUCCCUUACAAAGGAAAAUUGUGAUGCAUUUGUUGUGUUGUGAGGCUUAAAAUGUGGCGGAGUAUAGUGAGGCUGUCUCUUGUUGAUCUUGCAGUGGUGCAAGAUUUGUUUUAUAUGUUGUAAGUUUUAUCAACAGUGAAGCUAUAAUUCUAAUUUUAAUAUUGUGCAACUAUAGUAUUUAUUUUCUGUAAAGAAUAAACAUUUUCCAUCAAA